CACGCCCGCGGCCCCGCGACUUGUCGUCCCGCAGGCUGCGUGACCUGCGCUCUCGGCCGACCCGACUCCGGCUGCCCCGGCUCGUUCUAGCUCGUCCCUUCCCUUCUGCUCGCCUGAGUCACCGCCGCUGCCGCCAUGGCCGAGAGUGGAGAGAGCGGCGGCCCUCCGGGCUCCCAGGACGGCGCCCCCGCGGCCGACGGUGCCGGCGCAUCCGGGGCCGCUCCCUCGAGCGAGCCCAAGAUCAUGAAAGUCACGGUGAAGACCCCGAAGGAGAAGGAGGAGUUCGCGGUGCCCGAGAACAGCUCGGUCCAGCAGUUCAAAGAAGAAAUCUCUAAACGAUUCAAAUCGCAUACUGACCAACUUGUGUUGAUAUUUGCUGGAAAAAUUUUAAAAGAUCAAGAUACUUUGAGUCAGCAUGGAAUCCAUGAUGGACUUACUGUUCACCUUGUCAUCAAAACACAAAACAGGCCACAAGAUAACCCAGCUCCGCAAACAAAUACCACUGGAGGCAAUGCUAAUAAUUCAUCAGCUCCAAACAGUAACCCUGCAUCAGGUUCUGCUACCAACAGUCCUUUUGGUGUAGGUGGACUUGGAGGACUUGCAGGCCUGAGUAGUUUGGGUUUGAAUACAACCAACUUCUCCGAACUACAGAGCCAAAUGCAACGACAACUAUUGUCCAACCCUGAAAUGAUGGUCCAGAUAAUGGAAAAUCCCUUCGUCCAGAGCAUGCUCUCAAAUCCUGACCUGAUGAGGCAAUUGAUUAUGGCCAAUCCACAAAUGCAGCAAUUGAUACAAAGAAAUCCAGAAAUUAGUCAUAUGCUCAAUAAUCCAGAUAUAAUGCGACAAACACUGGAGCUUGCCAGGAAUCCAGCAAUGAUGCAGGAAAUGAUGAGAAACCAGGAUAGAGCCUUGAGCAACCUAGAAAGUAUUCCUGGGGGCUACAAUGCUUUACGACGCAUGUAUACAGAUAUUCAGGAACCAAUGCUGAGUGCCGCACAAGAACAGUUUGGUGGUAACCCAUUUGCUUCCUUAGUGAGCAGUACAACCUCAGGUGAAGGUAGUCAACCUUCUCGUACAGAAAAUAGAGAUCCCUUACCCAAUCCAUGGGCUCCACAGGCUUCACAGAGUUCAUCAGCUUCUAGUGGCAACACCAGCACUGUGAGUGGCUCUGCUGGAAGCGCUACCAGUGUUCCUGCUGGGCAGAGCACCACGGGACCAAAUCUGGUAACUGGAGUAGGAGCUAGCAUGUUCAACACACCAGGAAUGCAAAGCUUGUUGCAACAAAUAACUGAAAACCCACAGCUUAUGCAAAACAUGUUGUCUGCCCCAUACAUGAGAAGCAUGAUGCAGUCACUGAGCCAGAACCCUGACCUUGCUGCACAGAUGAUGCUGAAUAACCCCCUAUUUGCUGGAAACCCUCAGCUUCAAGAACAAAUGAGACAACAGCUCCCAACUUUCCUCCAACAAAUGCAGAACCCUGAUACACUCUCAGCAAUGUCAAACCCUAGAGCAAUGCAGGCCUUGUUACAAAUUCAGCAGGGUUUGCAGACACUAGCAACAGAAGCCCCCGGCCUCAUCCCAGGGUUUACUCCUGGUUUGGGGGCAGCAGCAGGAAACACUGGAGGCUCUUCAGGAGCUAAUGUCUCUAGCACUUCACCCAGUGAAAACACAAACCCCGCAGCAGGAAAUGCUGAAAGUGCACACCAGCAGUUUAUUCAGCAGAUGCUACAGGCGCUUGCUGGUGUGAAUCCUCAGCAACUACAGAAUCCAGAAGUCAGAUUUCAGCAGCAACUGGAACAACUCAGUGCAAUGGGAUUUUUGAACCGUGAAGCAAACUUGCAAGCACUGAUAGCAACAGGAGGGGAUAUAAAUGCAGCUAUUGAAAGGCUAUUGGGCUCCCAACCAUCAUAGCAUUUCUCUAUCCUGAAAAAAUGUAAUUUAUUUUUGAUAACGGCUCUUAAAUCUUUAAAAUACUUGCUUUAUUUCAUUUUAACUCUUGGAAGUCUGUGCUGUUAUAACAAAACCAGUAUGAAGCAUUUUGAGGUGGAGUGCAGUAAGAUGUGUGGGUUUAUGGUUUUCUGUUCUGGAACAGUGGGAAUCAAUGUUCUUCAUGCAAAGCUACUGCAUGCACCAUACGCUUCUGCAUUUAUUGUAAUUUUUUUAAAUCACCUUUUCUAAUUGGGUGAACAGAUUUUGUCCUACAUAUGUCCAGCUUAUUUGCUUAUUAAACAUUAGCCUAUAGUAGUAAUUUAUGUAGAAUAAAAGCAUUAAAAAGCAAAUCAUUUGCGCUCUAUAAUUUGUUUUACAUUAUUGCUUACUGUGAUGAUAGCAUGUAGUUUUGCAAAUAAUGCUGUAAGAUUUAUACUCCCAACAAUCUUUGCUGUAUUUGUACACAAUACAGUGUGUGCACAUUUGGGACUGCAUUACUAGAAAAAUACUGUGAUAGUCAUCUGAGCAAAAACACCUCUUACCAAAAAGUAAACAGAUGGAGGUACUCAUACAGCUCAGUAUAGUCUCUGACAGCAGCUUUGAUAGUCGUCUCAGCAGAAGGGCCAUUUGGUUAGGUUCAUCAAAAAUACAGAGAAUUGAUUCUGGUUAUCUGAGGACAUUUAAUUGUACAGACAACAUAAUGUAACAAUGUCUCAGCAUUUACAUACUGACUGUAAAUUACCUUUCAAUUUUAUGUACACCAAAAAAGCACUGUAGUAUACUCUAAAAUGCCUUUGCUUAUGACUUGUCAGCUUUUCCCGUAAGUACUUUAACAGGCAUUACAUUUUGUAAUUGAAAUGUUGCUUUCACCAAAAGUAUUUAUGUUUCAGUUGUAAAACAUUAUAUAAAAGCAGAACUAUCUGUUGGGUUUUACCAGUUUUCUCAUAUAUAGACAGUACCCAAAUUUAAAAUGAUUUGUGAGUCACUUGUUUCUGAAGUAUUUGGAUAGUUCUAUUUAAAAAGUUUUUCAGAGCCUCAGAGAAAGGGGAAUGUGGGAGGGUUGCGACAGAAUCAACCUUGGAUUGGGCCAGCCUAAACUUAGUAAUACUGGCAGCCAAGAUUCUGUUCGGAUGUCUGUGCAUAUAGUGUAGUAUUACUUGGGAUGAAAAAUAAAGAGCCGUUUUAACAAUUUUGAGUACAUUUGGCUGUUUCACAGCUUUUUUCUUCUCUCCCCAAAGAAGUUCUAUUUGCCUAACUCUCAAACUAUUGGGGUGAUACAUUCCUUUAGGACCAAUUAAAACAUAACUUAAGGGUCAGUGAUAUAUUUGGCUAACUCUGGUUCAGUAUUCUCUUAGGUCAUUAUAUUCUCAUGUACAGUUAACAGGAAAUUAUAAUGUUAAAAUAACCUGAAGUGAGUUCAGACCAACAAAAUCAAGGAAAAUACAAGAUGAAUUCCAUUACUACUAUAAGUUGCUUGCUAUUAAAAGGUCAAGAGACUGCUUGCCAACCAGUCCGUGCACUGUUCUGACACUUUGCCCAGGAGGAAAACAUGUACAAAGGUCAGAGUGGAGGCAUGGCUGAGGAGCUUGCUAGGAAUGGUAUUCAUGUGUCUCUGCUUGUCCUGCCUCAUGCCUCAGUCUGUCUGGUGCUGAUGAAUGGCAAUAUAUAGUGUGGGACAGUGUCAUAGCUAAUUUGAUUUAUUAAUCACCAGAUAACAAUAAAUCUCUAGCUUUUAAA